AUGAUUUAUAUAAAUGUUAAAAAAUCAAAACAACUAUUGAAAGUGUCGCUAUUGUUUAUUCUAGUAUUUUGCUUAAUACUAUAUAAUCAAAGACAUUUUGCGGUAGAGCAUUUUAAUUAUAAACAAAUAACAACUACUGAUUUUAAUACAUUACUAAAUGAAAAAUACCCAAUAUUUGAUAUUGGAAAGCAAAUAAGGUCAUCGUUAUAUAACUUUAGUGACGAAGAAUUAUUUCAAAUAGUUUCAAAUUUUAAUUUACAAGAUCGAUGUAAUUUAUAUUUCAACAAGUUUACAAGUAUAGACCUAGCACAUGAACCUGAUUAUAAUCGAUUUGAUUAUUUAUAUUGGAAUCAAUAUGAAGGUGAUAGUAUAAAGAAGUUGCAAGAAGAAGGGGUUGAAAUAACUGAAGAGGUGAAAAAUAAAAUAAAACAGGAUUUUGAAGAAUCAAGAAAGACGAUAAAGGAGAACGAACAAUUAAUUUAUGAUAAUUUACAUGUGGUAAAAGUUUUCAAUAAAUGUUUCCUAGAGCAGAAUAAUACUUUCACAAAAAUUCAAAAAAAUUUAGUUCAUGGCUUGCAUUUAAGAGGUAAAUUAAUAAAAGAAAAGAGUAACUUUACAAUUUCAGAUCUUGAAUCAAGAGCUUUCCCAUGGUUGACUCAAAAAUCACCGGAAUAUGAAAAUUUAAAUACUGGGAGAAAGUAUAAACUAUUUACAUCAUUUAAAUCAAGUUUCUUCAAAAGUUUGAGGGAUUCAUUAACUGGUAAAGGUAUUGUUAUGACUAUUGGUGACGAGCAUAUUGAAGAUACAAUAAGAAUGAUUCAUUUACUCGGCUAUUAUGAAAAUAAAUUACCUAUACAAAUCAUAUAUGCCACUGGUACAUUAUCAAUAGAAUCAAAAGAUAAAUUAAGACAAGCAGCUCUGGCUCAAUCUCAAGAAAUAACUUUAGUUAACGUUUCAACAUCAGUUAAAAGAGAAUAUGCUAUUAAAUUUGAAAAAUUUGGUUUUAAAAUACUUGCAAUUUUAUUUAAUUCAUUUAAAGAAAUAAUUUUCAUUGAUGCUGAUACAAUAUUAACUAUCAAACCAGAGGAGUUUUUCAUUAUCAACAAGUAUAAAUCAUCAGGUACAUUAUUUUUCAGAGAUCGAAACACACCAGAAUACAGACCAACUGAUGAUUUUGUCUUUUUUUACAAAUUAAUGAACAAUCAACUAGAUCAAGUUUUAUUUGAUUUAUCUCAAAUCACAGAACAUACUAAAUCAAGUCCAAUGUUUGGUCAUAAGAUAACUCAUAUAAUGGAAAGUGGACUAGUUGUAAUUAAUAGAGAUUUACAUUUUUUUCAACCUAUCAUGAUGGCAAAUAUGAAUUUCUACCUACCUGUUCAAAAAAGAGUUUAUGGAGAUAAAGAAUUAUUUUGGUUAAGUUUAAGUUUAAUGGGUGAUGAAAAUUGGCAAUUUAAUAAGUACCCAGCUGCUUCAAUUGGUGAAAUUACCCCAACACAAGAUAGAAUUUUAGAAUUAGGUAAAGCAUAUACAUUUCAAUCAAAUGAAAUAUGUUCAAAUCAUCCUGCUCAUAUAAAUGAUGAAGAUGAUAAAUUAUUAUGGUUCAAUUCAGGUUUCAAAUUUUGCAAUCAAAUUUCCAAAGUUAAUUUUAAACAUGAAUUUGAUUCAAAAAAGAGAUAUAAUGACUUGAAAACAUUAGAUCAAUUUAAAACAUUUAUGUCAGGUAGUUUAAAAAUAACUCAUGCUAUUGUUCCACCUGAUAAUACAGCAACAGAACCAUUUGAAAAUGAACCAAAAGAAUCAUGGAGACAUUUAAAUUAUUGUGCUGGAUAUACAUGGUGUGCUUAUGAUAGAAUAGGUAAAGGUGAGAAAGAAAAUGAUAAUGGUAAAUUAAUAGAAUUUACUCCUAAUGACGUUAAACAUUUUGAUACAAUUGGUAGCAUUUGGUUAAAUAUAUAG